AUGGCGACAUUUAGGCUCAUCGACCUCUCAACUGGUGUGGUCGGCGUGCAGCUGCAAUUCCCAUUUGGCGGUAGCUUCCUCGAUAGUCCAGGUCGGCAAGCGCUCAUGGCGGUGAAUGAGCAGAAAUUCGCCGGCGCAGUGGCUUUUUGCUGGGUCGACACGAUUUGUAUCGACCAGCAAGACGAUGCAGACAUGAACCAGCAGAUACCCCUGAUGGGUCGCACCUUCAGCGGCGCUGUCGCUGUAGCGGUGAUUCUGAGCUGUGACCUGCAGACGAACCAAAUGGAAGUGGACCGACUGGUGGAGCAGCUCGAGCCCGCGGCGCGAAUGCAGGAGGAAGAGGCAUGGGCUGAGGAAGGUGACUACUGGCAGAAUGGACCUGGACGCGGGUUGACCGUGAGAGGGAUGAGGGGGCUAGCGAGGCUGACGACGACGGCGUGGGCAACACGAGUAUGGACCCUGCAGGAAUAUAUCCUCGCAAGCCAGGUGGUAUGGGUCGGUCGCGAUCUAGUAUCCCUCACGAUCAGAGACAACUUCAUCGGGGCGUUGCCAGGCAUUUGCGACACGUUGAACAUCGAGGAGUGUCUCGAGGACGAGUUCGAAACCUAUGAAGACGAGAUCCUCAACUGGCUGUCACCACUAAAGUUUCGCGCCAGUCACCUUGACAUUGUCGGACAACAUCAGGUGGGAACAAGCAAUUGGGUGACUGCCUGUGAUGAGUUCGACAAAUGGUAUUACGGCGAUGCUCAAUUGCUGUGGCUGAAUGGCGCCCCUGGCACCGGAAAGACUCAACUAUUCGCGCAUCUUGUCGAGCAUUUGAUAGCCGACACGGCCGGCCCUCCAGACCAGCCCGUCGUGGCGUACGCAUACUGUGAUUUUCGAAAGUCAGAAUCCCUCCGACCUUCAAACAUCCUAGGCUCCAUUGUGGCCCAAUGCUGCACAGGUACUCGUUCCAUUACUGACGCCAUUCGGACUGCGUUCAAGGUGUCGAAAUCUCCAGGUCAUCACGCUCCAGCAUCACUCAGUCUACUCAGAGAGUCGAUAUCGGAGGUACUCGAACAUCGAAAACUCUUCGUCCUUAUCGAUGGACUAGAUGAAAGCCAACAAGCAACGGAGGUGGGUGACAUCCUUCAUGACAUUUGCAGCGACCAUGCGCAUCUGAAUGCAAAAGUACUUGUCACCGGGCGCAAAACUAAAAGCCUGGAGCAAAUUUUCGGCAACGACUUGCAAAUCCAGCUGGGCGACCACAAAAAGGAAGUCCGCGAAGACAUUCAAGUAUAUAUCAACAGCCAGCUUCCAUCCGAUAGGCGUCUCCAGUGGCUACAUCUGGAAGUCGAGGAACAUAUAUCGGAGACUCUGAUUCAGGACUCAAACUCCAUGCACGUUCCUCUGGGUUCAACGCCAACUGGGUGCCAUCUCGCCGUUGCGCUCGCUCAAAGCUAUCCGACAAGCUCUGAACAAGCUCCCCUUGGAUCUCGAAGACACUUACAGCAGGAUUCUCUCGUCGAUACCGCAACACGCUGGGCCAACCAUGAGAACUUCACGAAGACCUUGCCGUUGAGCCCGGUCCUGCACGCGUGGACCACGAAGCUCGAUUGUGCAGGCCUAUGGACACCCCUCACUCUGGGAAACUCACUCUUUGAUUUAUCGUCCUCGGGACAGAUCCAUCUCGCACAUCUGUCUGUGCGAGACUACCUGCUAUCUCCAGAUAAAUUUGGGAAAGAUGGACGCGCCGAUUAUUUCAAAUUCACCAUCAAAGACUCGCAUCGCAACCUGACCUUGAAGUGUCUUACCUAUCUCCUGCUGGAAGAUCUCAGUGACGGGCCCGCUCAGACAGCGGACAACUACAUGGAAAAGUUACAGCAGUUUCCGUUCCUCAAGUACGCGUCAAGUGCAUGGCCUUAUCAUGCAAACCUAGUCUUCUCCGAGCCUCGCACGCUCGGAAAUCCUCAAACUGAGGCCCCGGCCGGAUCCAAGGCCAUAUCCAAGGAUGAUGACGGGAUUUUAGCAGUGAUCUUGGAGUUGUUCAGCGCGCGGCGCAGGGGCAACUUCAUGGCCUGGGUCCCAAGUCCUCAACGCGAACAACUACAACUUCAAAUGGGACAUCUACCCACGCCAUGCCACACCUCUGAUCACGCUAUGGCGGCACCCCCAUCCAUGCCGCCGGCGUACCGGCAACACACUUCGACGGUGCAGAUCCCUUUGAAUGCAGGCGCGAGCGCCGCGAAGCCGGACUUCAACCGUGUCACGCCGCUGCACUCGGCUGCGGCAAACGGCGACCUGGUCAUCAUGAGGAUGCUUCCUUGGUGA